CGCCAACAUCGGAGACGGCGACGUCGACGGCCCCAAGGAGGGAGGAGGAGAGCGGGCGCGCGAGCUCGAGCUCGGAGACGGGGGGCGAAGACGAUUGUAAACCCCUCAAAACCCUACUUUUUCUUCGAUACUUCUUUCCGAAACCCUCGCCAGUUUCUUCUCCUUCGAUUUCUCCUCCUCCGCCAUGUUCCCCGAAUCCGAUCCCCGCAAGGACUCCUCUCCCAGUCCCCAGCUCCCACAUCCCAGCCCUGACCCUCUUGAUCUCGAGGACCCGCCAUCUAAGCCUUACCUCUUUCGGGAUGCCGCCGCGUCCGCGUCGCCACCCACCACACACGGCGCCGCCACCGCUCCGCAGGAGCUCACGCUCAGUUACCUCUGCGACAAUAUGAAACCGGGGGCCUCUGCUGCCUAUGAAAAGGAGGGCCUUGGCUCCGAUCUCCUCGUUUCCCUCGAGAAAUCCCGAUUGAAGGGCAAGGAGGUCGCCCCGAACAUCUCGGCCGUAGACGAUCGGCGAUGGAUCGAGCGAGACUUCCUUCAAUUGGCUGGUGGCAAGCCGUCCGCGAAGCGGGAGACGCCCGAGGAUGCCGAUGAGGCCGAUGACCGUAAGAAGAAGGUUAAGAUUGAGACUUUGAACCUCUCCCUCUCCCCGCCCAACCUUUCCCUGUCUCUCAACUCUUCCAUUCCGGCGACGAAUGUCGCCGGGGUGGCUACCACUCCGAGUGUCCCUGUUUUGGUGGUUCCACCGAAAAAUAGUUACAGUAAUAGCAUGCGAGCUGCGAAUUCGGAGGACUUUGCCCCCUCGCUCUCGUACUCGUGCUCCGUCCCGUUUUCACAUAACCCCAGCUGCUCCUUGACACGGAACUCCACCGAUAAUUAUGACUUCUCGAGGGGGGACAAUGAUAAGAUUUGGUUUGCCGGGGAGGGGACGAAUGGCUCAGUUCAUAGCAAGUUUAGGCCUGUGGGUGAUGGCAAUACCAUUGCUUUUGCGAACCACAACAAAGAACUCAACAAUAGUCUGUACAAGGCAAACAGCUCAGGAAAUGUCUCUUUCUUUCCAUCUGAAUUGCCUGCGAGGCCUGCAAAAGUUAAUGGUGUCGUGAGUUCAGAUAGCGGCAGAAAUAGCAUGCUUUCUAGGCUGGAUAAGGUUUUGAGAGAAUUAGUGUCUGAGUCGGUUCCUGUCAUUGCACAAUUGCUUUAUGAAUCUCAUAGUGAAUCAUUGGAAGCACUGAGAGAGUGUCUCAGGAACCUUAUGGAAGUUCCGGAUAAGAAGCAUGAGUUUGCUAGCCUGCAGAGGAAACUAGAGAGGAGGUCGGAUCUUACGUUUGAGAUCCUCUCAAAAGCACACAGGACGCACCUUGAAGUUUUGGUUGCUAUCAAGACUGGUACCGUAUCUUAUGUCUCGGGAAAGAGCCGAAUCCCCAAUAAUGAGUUGGUCGAGAUUUUUUUGCUCAUGAGGUGCAGGAAUGUGAAUUGUAAGAAUGUGCUGCCGGUUGAUGACUGUGUCUGCAAGAUAUGUUCCACCAGAAAAGGUUUCUGUAGUGCCUGCACAUGUCCUAUAUGUUUCAAAUUUGAUUGUGCUUUGAAUACUUGCAGUUGGGUUGGUUGUGAUAAUUGUUCCCAUUGGUGCCAUGCUAUUUGUGGCAUUGAGAAGAAUUUAAUUAGGCCCGGACCAAACUCAAAAGGACCUAGAGGCAUGACUGAGAUGCAAUAUCAGUGCCUGGGAUGUGGGCAUGCUUCUGAGAUGUUUGGAUUUGUCAAAGAUGUGUUUAAUGAGUGUGCUAAAAAUUGGGGUCCUGAGGCAUUAAUGAAAGAGCUGGACUGUGUUAGAAUGAUCUUCCAAGCUAGUGAAGAUUUUGAAGGAAAGGGGCUUCAUGCAAAAGCUGUGGAGGUCCUCAACAUGCUCAUCAAGAAAGUAAUUUCCCCGGAGGAUGCAUGUGCUUGCAUGAUACUUUUUUUCAAGUAUGGAGUCACGGAGUUUUCCGUUACCGGCAGUUCCUCUAAAAACAUACUUGCUCAAGCAACCCAGCAUGCAGAUACGCCCCUUCCAUCAGCAGCAGCCAUCAAUGUGUCAAAAUCUGCAAUCAGCUUUAGCCCCACCGCAUCUAUACUGGACAAACAGAUAGAUGCACUGAAAGCAGAUGCCAAGCCUGUUGCACUAGAACCCCAUUUUACUUCAUUGAAGGAUGAUGGAUUCAAGAGUUUGGAGACCAUUGUAAAAUGCAAGGAGGCAGAGGCUAAGCUAUUCCAGAAACUAGCUGAUGAUGCCAGGAGAGAAGUUGAGAGCUACCGCCAUAUAGUACGUGGCAAGUCUGAGAAGUUGGAGGAGGAUUACGGUAACAAGAUCGCAAAACUCUUGCUACAGGAGACUGAAGAUAGGCGCAGGAAGAAGCUGGAGGAACUGAAGUUUCUCGAAAACUCUCAUUGCGAUUAUCAGAACAUGAAGAUGAGGAUGCAAGCUGAGAUUGCCGGUUUGCUCGAACGGAUGGAAGCGACAAAGAAGAUGUGGGUGUAGCUUAGCUGACACACAAGGUGUGCUCUUUUGUACAUGGUAAUCACGGAUGGCAUCUGAACUAAUCUGCAACAACUACACAGAAUACUCAUUUCUUGCUACUUGGGUGUAUGUUUAAAUUAGUUUUGGCAGUCUCCAUAGCAAUUCAACUGCUUAAUAUGUAUGUUCAUGAAUCAGGAUUAGAUAGCAUCGACUUGUUCAUGUAUAACACUUGUAUGAAAUAUGUGAUUCAUGGACUUCUACAGUAUGCACUUUCUUGUGAUUAUUGUUCUUCAAAUGCGAAGUUGGAGACUUUUUGUUUCA